GUCACACUUGCCAAAAGUAACAGAAAGACAACAAAAACAUAAAUAACGCACGCCCCCAACUGACAAUUCUAAAAAUAAUAUAUGGAACUAAGUAUUGUUAAUCCAAUUAAAGAGGCUCAACUAAUUAGCGUUAAAUAAAAAAUUGUUACAUAAAUUAAACUAGUGCGCGAAUGUCACUCCUUAGCUUUUAUUUUUUGAAGCUGUCAAAACCGUAAACCUGUUUUGGAUGCCCGUGAAAUCAUCUAUUGUGCUGCCUUGUGACGUCCAUAGCCACAAGUAUUAUUCAUAGAUAAUUAGCGGACGGAAAAAUGAUUGCGACUACGGCGAUUGCGGAUCUGUGCAUCUUUCUGCUGACUUGGAAUGUGGGAACCCACUCGCCGCGGGAUCAGGAUCUGACUUCGCUGUUAUCCCUAAAUGGAACCACCAGCUGUCCAGAAAACCAACUGCCCGACAUCUAUGUGAUCGGCUUUCAGGAGGUGAGCACCUCUCAGGUGCUGAAAAUCUUUCAGGACGAUCCGUGGGUCCUAAAGAUCGCAGACGCUUUGAAUGAUCACCAGUUCGUCAAGUUGGACUCGAAGCAGCUGCAGGGAAUCCUCAUUACUAUGUUUGCCCAGCACAAGCAUAUUCCUCACAUGAAGAACAUCGAGUCGGAAGCCACGCGCACGGGAUUGGGUGGUCUCUGGGGCAACAAGGGAGCCGUGAGCAUUCGGCUGUCCUUGUACGGAACCGGAGUGGCCUUCGUCUGCUCCCACCUGGCUGCCCACGACGAUAAGCUGAAGGAGCGCAUCGAGGACUACCACCAGAUCGUGGACAACCACAAGUACAGUGCCCAGGGUUAUCCGCGGAUCUUCGAUCACGACCUCGUCUUCUGGUUCGGGGAUCUAAACUUCCGUCUGUCCGGGGACAUGUCCGCCUGGGAUGUGCGUACGGAUGUGGAGAACAUGCGCUAUGCAGAUCUGCUCCAAUUGGACCAGUUAAACCUGCUGCGGGAAAAGGGCAACGCUUUCAGCCUCUUAGAGGAGCAGCAGCCAAACUUUCCUCCCACUUUUAAGUUCGUGGAAGGCACCAGUGAUUACAACUUGAAGCGAAGGCCCGCCUGGUGUGAUAGGAUUUUGCAUCGCGUGCAGAGCAACAUUUAUCCGGGCAUUACCCUGAGUGCCAACCAGCUGUCUUAUCAGUCUCACAUGGACUACACCCUCUCUGACCACAAACCCGUAUCGGCCACUUUUAACUACAAGGUCGAGGCGGCCAACCAAACUCUUACUGAUGAGGAACUCUACGAAAUGACACACGGAGCUGCUUCUCGUCCAACGGUUCCAAAUGUUAGUCUUACCUUCGUUUUUGUGCUGUUUGUAGCUUUGCCGUAUUUUCAACUUUGAUUUCGCUUCUUUGUAGUUAUUUAACGCUGAACUUGAGCAAUGGUAGCGCCGCCAUGACGUCACUCAAUUUUAAACUUAACAUCAAAACUAGCUUGCUUCGGCAAGCCGAAGCUUAUAUACCCUUGCAGUCAUUACAUAUUUUUACCAAUUUUUCCUAUGACAGUUAAAAAAUAUAGUUGUCCGAUUUUAAUGAAAUUAACACACCUUGAGUGUUUAGCAAACUUCUGAUUAAAACUAUAAUGCCCUCUGCAAGGGUAUACAAAUUUUGUUGAAUGCUUUUAGAUCUAUAGAAGAGUUGUGGAGUAAUUAAAAGACUUCCUUGCAGAAGGAACCAGAGAAACGAAAGUAAUAUCAAGUGCAAAUGUGAUGGAAUCUCAGCUAAUUAAGCAAUACAAAAAACAAUUCUCGAGUGAUUCAAGAAUAAAUAUAUCAUACGUAGAAUUCAAGUAGCAAAAAUAUAUACACAUACUUAGUAUCAGUCAAUUAAUGUGAGAUUCUGUUUAAGUUGAUUAUUUCAUCGUAAUAAACAAAUGUAUUUUUGUACAAAAACUUGUUGGUCGAAUAAAAAAACUGUUACCUCUCGA